ACACUGGAAGGCAAUCGAAUUUCCAUACUGCCCAUUAGCACACAAUUUGCAUGCACUUGCCAAUGAGAAACUCAUCAAUUCCAAACACUAUAAAGCAAAAGGUACAUUUCCACGACUAGUCUCUGGCGGAGCCCCUUAAGCACGGCACGGAAAUGUUCGAGGUCUUCGAUAAACCAUAUGCGGAUCCUGUCCCGCUGCCGCUGAUUAACAGUGCCUGGCCCAUCGCGACCAUUAUCGCUCUCUAUCUUCUGUUUGUGUUGAAGCUUGGGGGUCAGUUCAUGUCAAAGUAUGAGGCACUUCAGCUGCGAGGGGUUCUCAAGGUGUACAACAUCGGCCAGGUCCUGUACAACACGUUCAUGCUAAUAUGGGGCAUUCAUCUGAUAUUCGUGGACAGGCCAUACAACUUGAGCUGUAUGACAUCGCUGCCGCAGGAUCACCCACUGAAGACGUCGGAGCGUACCCUGUCGUAUCUGUACCACCUCAACAAGUUGCUCGAUCUGAUGGACACUGUGUUCUUUGUGCUGCGUAAGAAGCAGAGGCAGAUCACCUUCCUGCACGUCUUCCAUCACGUGUUCAUGGCGGUCACAACGCACUUUUUGAUCCGAUUCUACGGACAUGGCGGCCAUGUCUACUUCAUCUGCAUGUUCAAUGUUCUGGUGCAUAUCGUGAUGUAUGGCUACUACUAUGCCUCAUCCCAGAGCCGCAAUGUUCAGGAGAGUCUCUGGUGGAAAAAGUACCUGACCCUCACACAGCUGCUGCAGUUCAUGAUGAUGUUCCUGCACUGCGCCUACACCUACUUCCAGCCCAACUGCAACGCAUCUCGCGGCGUCAUCUACUUGAUCUGCACCAUGUCUGCGUUCAUGUUUGUGAUGUUCACCAAAUUCUACAUAAACACGUACAUUCGUCAGAAGAAGGUCAGGCCCAAGGGUAAAGCGCAUUGAUUCCAAACGCAAAUUUGCAUAUUCCCUAAACGAAUUAAAGCUGUAAUUAAAUGUGCUCGGAAAAUACAUUG